AACAAAACUUCGUCAUUACCUGGUCCAAGUUGUCACUUGACUCAGACGUUAGUUGCCAGGAGGGACCAGGCGUGACUGUGUGGGAGAAACCUAACAAAAUGUGGUUUAGUGCUUGCAGAACUGGUCUGGUCACUGUCAUGAUGCUCUCAUUAUGGCCCAAGUGCGUUGAGUCUAAUUGUACCAUGACACAAGAUGUUUGCGAGUUUUGGCUGGAGGUGGAAAGUUUCUUGACCAUGAUGGACAAUAAGGUUGCUGUCUACGCUACGGGUGGGAAACUUUACCAUUACAACGUGACGAACACUACAUCAGCAACACCCUUGGAGGCUAGCACUGUUAUAUCAGCAGAUGGCUGGGAAAAUCAAAGACUGGUAAUAGCUGUCAACAAAACAAUACCUGGACCUUCUAUUGAGGUGUAUGAAGGUCAAACUGUCAUAGUCUAUGUUACAAAUAAACUUUUGACCAGUGGGAUCAGCAUUCAUUGGCAUGGCUUGCACCAAAAGGGGACUGCCUGGAGUGACGGUGUUGGUUUUAUUACACAGUGUCCCAUAUUACCUGGUCAGACCUUCACAUACAGAUUUGUUGCCGAUCCCAAAGGAACGUUCUGGUACCACGCCCAUGCAGGAACACAACUCUCAAUGGGUUUAUUGGGACCUUUUAUUGUCAGAGAGAGGCGGCCGUUACAGAUGGAAGAGUUUAUCAUGAUGUUGCAGGACUGGAACCAUGACAUGGACUCUGACCUGUUGCAUUAUAAAAUGGUGUACGGUAACUAUGACAACAGAACUAAGGGUCAACCUACUGGAUCAUUGGAAGGUGCACAUUUUAGUUUGUUUAAAUUUCAGUCAGGAUUAAUCAAUGGUAAAGGAAGAUAUUUUAAACCGGAUGGCUCUUUCAUUGAAGCGCCGCUGACUGUAUUUACUGUGGAGCAGUUCAAAUCCUACAGAUUCAGAGUCAUAGGAGCAGGAAAUCUCUACCCCUUUAGAGUUUCCAUCGACCAACAUCUUUUCAAGAUUGUAGCUACUGAUGGAAACGAAGUGGAACCACUUGAGGUCGAAUCCUUUAUAAUCAACCCAGGAGAAAGAUUCGACUUCGUGAUAGAGGCCAACCAAACUGUCAACAAUUACUGGAUACGGGCAGUAACUCUAGAAGUCAAUGUCAGCAAUCACAUGGCCUUGGCUAUAUUUAGAUAUGUGAAUGCCUCAGCCACUGACCCUCAUUCAUUCAGAAGAAACUGCACACGUAAUGAUAAGUGUCUUGUUGCCAACUGCCCAUUUACAUUCUAUCCGGAAAGUGACAACGUGAUCUGUGUCAAUUUCCAUCAGUUUAACUCUACGGGAAAUGAAACAGUCCCAGGAGUUGAGACAUAUACAGAGCACAUUGAGGAGAUAUUCCUGAACUUUGCUUUCCCUGGAUUUACAGAGACACCUGGGUCAGCUAAUGGAAGACAUUUUGUGUUGCCUCAUGUUUCUGCCUUGACACAAUGGAAUCAAGUCAAAACAUUUUGUAAGCCAGAUGAAUGUGGUGAAGACAAAAUAUGUAAAUGUACCUACUCCAUAGACCUCGAGUAUACCAAAGUGUAUCAAGUGGUAUUUGUGAACAUGGGGCAAGGUAAAGGCUGGGCUCACCCAAUGCACUUACAUGGUCAUAGUUUUCACGUCCUCAAGAUUGGAUACCCAGAGUAUGAUACUAUUACAGGUAAAAUAAUCGAAGACAAUGUAGACAUAGACUGUGGAGGUAACUCUCAUAGAGAUCAAAGUUUUUGUAAUGCUGCGGCUUGGACUAAUAGCUCAUGGGGAGGUAACAAUAUUCCAGGUCUUCAACUCAGUAAUCCUCCAUUGAAAGACACGGUCGUAGUUCCAACUGGAGGUUACGUGGUGGUCCGAUUCAAGGCAGAUAAUCCUGGACUUUGGCUGGUACACUGUCACAUAGAGUUACACAACACAGAUGGCAUGGCUUUAGUGUUCAAUGAAGCCAGAGAGUUACAUCCCAGGCCUCCAGCUGGUUUACCGAAAUGUGGGGAUUUUAUUUACGGUGCCGUCCCUCAAACAGAAGAUGAAACAAUUUUAAACAGCAACAGUAAAGACGACGAAGACGACUACACGGCAGCCAUAGUGGGCGGAGUUCUGGGAGCUGUAAUUGUCGUUCUUAUCAUAAUCAUCAUCUUUUUAGUGAGGAGACAGUACCACAGCACAAAGUUUAAACCAGAGAAUUAAGUUUUGUAGAAGCCUAUAUUGCUUAUUAUUUUAUCAAUUUUUCUUUAUCGAGUUCUUGAGAAAUACUCCUAAUAUUUUCAUGUUCAACAUUAAAAGAUAUCUAAAAUAUAAUGUUCAACAUUAAAAGAUAUCUAAAAUAUAAUGUUCAACAUUAAAAGAUAUCUAAAAUAUAAUGUUCAACAUUAAAAGAUAUGUAAAUUAUCAUGAACAACACUAAAAGAUAUCUGAAAUAUCUUUAUCUAGUAAAAUAAAAAACACUUUAAGAUAUUCAACUAAAAGCGAAAGGAAUAAUAAAAAUUCCUAGCACUGUGUUGAGUAAUUCAAAGGGGAGAUAAAUGUAGAAGAACAUGGCUAAUACUUGUUUCUAAGUUUAUGGUGGAUAUAGGAAUUAAUCAGUUAUCUAUCUUUAAAUCCUGUAGCGCUGUUUAACACUAUAUACGUUUGAAAGAAUUGUGUGCGCAGCUAACAGAAUUAAUUGACGCUCACAAUAAUAAAAUUAUUAAAGUACAUUUAAAACCAAAGAUGAAGAUCUAAUUAAAAGCUAGAAAAAGAUACUUCUAUGUAAAUACCAUAACAUGCUAUUAUCCAUAGAGCGAAGUGAAACACAAAAGCAUAUAUAUUAUAUAUAAGGAAAUCAAUGUGAUGCUUGACUCCCGCUUGAGUAUAUCUUUAACGCAUAGAGGAAACUAAAAAAAUAUGUUUUAGCUGCGCAGAAAGAAAUGUUAAACGCAAUCAUUCGAUAUAGAAGAGUAUCAUUUGGAAUCUCAUUCAUUUUUUAAAACAUAUUUUGUUUCAUUUUAAACAAAAAAUAAACUUUUUGUCUGAUGGAAUUUUCAUAUUCACUGCAGUCAUUCAUUGAAUACUUUUGAACUUUAAAAAAAUACUAUGGUACUCUGCACUUAUGCCGAUAUAGGCCUACCAUAAUCUGAGUAAAUGACUAAAUGUUGAACAAAUAUUUCGUGUGUAAGUUACUUUAUUGUCUCUAAAUAUUGUUAUCAGUUGUUAUCAUUUGUGUGACAGCACAAUGCUUUUAUCAUAAUGUAUAUGUUUUGAAAGGUUUUAAGAGUGUAUGGGUGACCUUUUAGACUACUCUGUUCCUUUUAUGAAGUUAAUAUUUUCAUGA